AUGUUUUCGACGGUUGUGGUUAUUUCCCUUUAUUUCUGUGAUCUCGCGUGAUUUUACUUAGCUCCGCCCACCCGGAAAUAAACAUAACCUGGAUACAUGACGCUAAACUGUCAACUGAAACAAAAUGGAAAUUAGACAGCCUCAGACGUAUGUGCGAGGCAAAUACAGAUCAUAUUCUGCCAAUGAUUUGCAAGAGGCAUAUAAUAUUGUUAUGCAACAAGGUUUACCAGUAGAGAGAGUUGCAAAACGUUAUAACAUUCCAAUCACUACACUUAAAGACAGGGUGAAGGGCAGGGUUCACAUUGACACUUUGAGGUCUGGUCCACAGACAAUGUUUACACAGGAACAAGAAGCUUUCCUCUGUAAUCACUUGAUAACCAUGGCUGAGAUAGGUUACGGCUAUUCUAGGCAGGAAACUAUAAACCUUGCUACUGAUUAUGCCAUUCAUUUGGGAAUCCGUGACAGAAAUAAGCCAUUCAGCCUUACAUGGUUGUAUAGCUUUCUAGAUAGGUGGCCUAACCUUAAGAUAAAAAAAAACACGCAGUCUUGAAAUUGCUCGGGCAAAGUCAGCAACACGUCCUACUAUUGUCAGAUACUUUAAUGAGCUAGAGUCAAUUUUAGACAAGUACAACUUGAAAGAUAAGCCAUCACGUAUCUACAAUAUUGAUGAAAAAGGCUAAAGUCUUGAACAUAAACCCCCAAAGAUUAUUGCAGGUGCACAGUAUAAGGCACAAGCAGUUACAGCUGGUAGGUCAAAGAUAGUAACAGUUAU